AUUGUUUGCAAUAAAUAUGCAAGCUUCAAAACACAAGUUCAAAUAUUUCUCUAACAUUUAAUACUAUACAAAUGUAUUUGUGUUACAUGCAGAAGGAAGAGAAAAGAAAGCCGGAAAUUGGGUCAUCGUAUAUAAAGCAAGUUCAAGGCAAAUGCGGUUUCAGAUAUUUCUUAUUAGCCACAUAGAUAGCAGGUGUUGUCGAGGAGUGUUGUGCGCAAAUUGUUAAAUCUUGUUGGAAAUUUCGAUACAUCAGGUUUUUCAAUUGCGGGUUGAACCAGACAGGCAAUUUGCAAUUGUGACUUCUUCUUCUUCUUUUUAACAGAAUGUCUUCUAAACAAGCGGCUUUUUGGAUAUUUCUUGCACUUCUUCUUAACGUGAUGUUGAUAUGUGCGUAUCCCCAGGAGCACAUAUUAAAGCUUCCUACAGAUUUGCAACAACUACAUCCUGCUUACUAUACCCACACUCACCUUAAUCGAAAAUUCGCAGAAAAACCUAAUGCAAUUAAAAAAGUAGCGUUAGAUGAUAUAGACGAUAUUCAAACCAAUCAAAUUCAGGAUGUAGGUUUUUCAUGGUCUAAUAUGCUUGGAAUGCUCAUGCAAAUGGUCUUCAAUGGCGGAAAUAAUGCUCCAACUAAAUCUGAUGAUAUCGACAACGGAGGAACUUUUGCACAAUCACCAUGGGCGAAUGUGAUUUCUGUUGGACUAAAAAUAAUUACCGCACUUCUUGGUGGUGGUGUCAAUGACGGUGUGGAUAAAGUAGACAAUGGUAGUUCACCAAUGCAGAAUGUGCUGGCAGCUGUGUUUACAGCUAUGUUCGGGGCUAAGGAUCCAGAUCAGGUGAACACCAUGGCAAAGCAAGCAGGAGAGUUUAUCAAUAUUGUCGUCAACUUAUUGGAUGCUCUGAAAACAUCUUUUUCCCAUCGUUCAAUUUCUGCCAGGGAAUUAGGGAAAAAGGAUUCAUUAAGUGACGCAACAAUUGCUGGAAUUACAGUUCUAAAAACCUACGCUAGAUCCUAUUACAACUCAGAUAAUAAAUGCCUGUUGAAAUACAUCUGCGAGGCAAAUAACGAUUGCAUGAAAGCUGUCGGUGGUUCUAGUAUUUUCUGUCAGCUUGGAAAUUACGCAACGUGUUACGUCAUGGAGAAAAAAUCUCAUGCAUCAUUCGAAUUAUUGUAUGAAGCUGGACGAAGUGGACGAAUGGGAUUAGACUGUCGACAAUUGUCCCUAGAAUGCAACGAAGUUUAAAAACCGAAAAUCUUUAUUUGAGAAAUAAGCCUAUAGAAUUUGUGCCGAAUUACAACCCGGUAUAAUUGCGGAAAAACAUUAGCCCGUCGAACGUCUUUGUGUAAAUGCAGCUAUGGAAUGAUCAUCAAAGUAAGUUACCGUGAACUUAAUGGAUGCAGCAGCCUUAUCUGAAGUAAUUGAAACCUGCGAUACCGGACUGCUUUGUUAAUUAGAUAGCAUUUACAUAAACUUAUUUUGUUUUUUAGUUGAAUUGACCAAAAUCCUGUACUGUCAAGGAAAACAGCUGAAUUAGUUGAGUAAAAGUUUACUGUAAAGAAGAAAAUUAGUUUUUUAACCCUGAAGGAACAUUAAUGUUUUAUUUAUUAGGUCGAAAGUGAUAUUUGGCUCUGUAUUAGGAUUCAAUAUUUCAUAAUCAUAACAAACAAAUAGAGAAAAAUAAUAAAAAAUAUUAUAAUGGAAAAUCGUAUCCGUUCCAUCAACAUGAUGUAAGUGAUAAUUUUAAUAGUGUUGAUUUCUGAUGAUGUUUAGUUUCAUGAUUCUGAUGAUGUCUGGUUAUAUAGAAAAACCGUCACUCAAAGCCUAACACAAACAAAUUAGAAUGAAAUAAAAUUAAUCGCUUAUACAAAAGGUUACGAGCUGAUUGUUGCUUGAUGUUCCCUGGGUAGGAAAUGUUCAUCAACAAAUAUUUAUUUAGUUAUAUUAUUUAUCAAUCAGAAUCUACUAAAUAUUGAAAACUUUGCUUAGUAUAUCGAUAACAAUAAAAAGUUGGUUCUUCCACUUGCUA